UGCUUAUUUCCGGUAAGUACAGUAGUAAUUAAGUCGCUGUGAUAGGUGACAAUCAUGGAGCUGACCAGCUCUCACGCUUCACCUGCUCGACUUGGGCCGGCGGUGCUCCGGUUCCUCGCCGUGGUAGCCGUGAUGAUGGUCACAUCGAGCCAGCUCCUGCCCAUCAUUAGCUGGUCUUUCUUGCCACGACGGCAAGCUGCAGCUUCUGGCCAUGGUCGUGCUCCUGGGAGAUGCGUGAUGUUCAACUUCGGAGACUCCAACUCCGACACCGGAGGGCUCGUCGCCGGCGCGGGGUUCCGGCUUCACAGGCCCCAUGGCCGCCUCUUCUUCGGCAGGCCCAGCGGCCGGUUCUCCGACGGCCGCCUCUACAUCGACUUCCUCUGCGAGAGGCUGGGGUUGGACUACCUGAGCCCGUACCUGGAGUCGUCCGGCGUGUCCUUCCGCCACGGGGCCAACUUCGCCGCCGCCGGCGCCGCCACGGCGCAGACUGCCGACACCGGGCAGUUCAGCCUACCGACGCAGCUGCGCCAGUUCCGGCAUUUCAAGGCCCGCACGGCGGAGCUCCUCCCGCUAGGGCUCGGGUCUGGCAUCACCGACGAGGAGUUCCGACACGCCGUGUACACGUUCGACAUUGGGCAGAACGACAUAUCCGUCGCCUUCACCGCCAACCUCACGCAAGAAGGCAUCCUUGGGAGCGUCGUCCCGGCCAUCGCCACGAGGAUCAGAAACGCCGUCAAGACGGUGUACGAGGCCGGCGGGCGCAAGUUCGUGCUCUACAACACGGGGCCGUUCGGGUGCCUGCCCAGCACGCUGGCACAGCACCGGACACGCCCAGGCCGAGGCGGCGGACACGAGCUCGAUGGCGCGGGGUGCCUCGCCGGCCACAACGGCGUCGCCGAGGCCCUCAACGCGCGCCUGCGCCGCCUCCGGGACGACCUGGCCGCGGAGCUGCCGGCCGCGGCCGGCGUCGGCGUGGACAUGCACGCCAUCAAGUACGGCCUCUUUGCCAACCACAGCGCGCACCGCUUCAGCAGCCCGCUCACGGCGUGCUGCGGCGCCGGCGGGCCACCGUACAACUACGAGCCGGGCGCCGCGUGCGGGACCGCCAAGGCGAAGGCCUGCUCGGAGCCGGAGGGAGGCAGGCGCAUCAGCUGGGACGGGGUGCACUACACCGAGGCGGCGAACCGGAUCGUCGCCGACAAGAUACUGUCCGCCGAGUACAACACCCCUCCUCUUCCUCUGCAAACGAUGUGCGAGGGAGACGGCGACACCUAGGGUGCGUGGGGUAUCCGAGAGCCACAAAUCCUCUUCCUACAGAGCUAGUACUUAUUUCAUAGCAUAUUUUUAUUAAAUAUUAGUCAUUUUUCUCGGAUGAACGGGAGCAGAAAUAGGGAUGGCAAUUGAUCUGGAUACGGUUAGGCAAGGGUAUGAAACGCAUUUGGAUCUGGAUAUCCACGAAAAAUCGGAUUAGACACGGUUGUAAUUUUUGCUUCAUGGAUAUCCAAUUAAGGAUACCCGUAUGACACGUGGUCCUCUA